CUGCUGGCGCUCGCGGCGCUCGCGGCGCUCCUGGCGCUCCUGGCGCUGGCGAGGAGGCCGGCGCGCGCGCUCCACGCGGACGCCGGCAAGAGAAGCGAGGGACGAAAGGGCGACAAACUGCUGCCGGUCAGCGGCAAGGCCGUCGUCAUCACAGGCUGCGACUCGGGCUUCGGGAAGGCGACGGCUCGCCACCUGGACCGCUUGGGCUUCCGGGUGUUCGCCACGGUGCUGGACGCCGGCGGAGAGGGCGCCGGCGAGCUGCGGCGCGCCUGCUCGCCGCGCCUGGCCUUGCUGCAGCUGGACAUCACGCAGCCCCGGCAGGUGCGGCGCGCGUACGCCCAGGUUCGGGCGCGGCUGGGACCCCAAGGUCUGUGGGCACUGGUGAACAACGCCGGCGUGUGCGUGAACUUCGGCGACAUCGAGCUGUCCCAGAUGUCCAACUUCCGCGGCUGCAUGGAGGUCAACUUCUUCGGGACCCUCCACGUCACCAAAACUUUCCUGCCGCUGCUGCGACGGGACAAAGGGCGACUGGUCACCGUCUCCAGUCCGGCCGGGGACCAACCCUUCCCGUGCUUGGCUGCGUACGGAGCGUCCAAAGCCGCGCUCAACCUGUUCAUGGACACGCUGAGGCGGGAGCUGGCGCCGUGGGGGGUCCCCGUCUCCACCAUCCUGCCUUCGUCCUACAAGACGGGUCAGUGCGGCAACGCGGCGUACUGGGAGGCCCGGCACCGGGAGCUCCUGGGCUCUCUGUCGCCGGCGCUUCUGGAGGACUUUGGCGAGGACUACGUGAGCGAGACCAAGGAGCUGUUCCAGCACUUUGCCCGCCACGCCAACCCGGACCUCAGCCCCGUGGUGGACGCCAUGGAGCGGGCGCUGCGGGAUCCGCGGCCGAGGGCGCGCUACUUCGCCGGGCCCGGCGUGGGCCUCAUGUACCUGGUCAGCGGCUACUUUCCCGCCGCCCUGCGGGACCGAUUCCUCCAGAGCCUUUUCCUCAAGAAGAGGCUGGUGCCCCGGGCGCUCAGGAAGGAGGCCGGCGUCCUGGGGAAGGAGGCCCCGGCCCGCUGUUGCCACGACGACAACAACAACAACGACGAACAGGAGGAGGAGGAGGAGGAGGAGGCGCCGGCGGACGUGUGUGAGUAGCGCCGACAAAUUGGGGGCUGAAAGAACACGCGCGGUUGACGCGGAUCAAAGCUGCAAAACGGGAUUUCCUCCGUAGCCGUACUCCGGACGGUUCCCGACGUCCCGCUUCUUCACUUGCGUUUCCUUCCGGUCGCGAUUGUCCAACUUGUGAUUGGAGGAGUCCAAUGUUCCGCAAGUUGGACGGGCGAUGGACGGCCGAGUUCUGGCCUUCCGAGUUGUGGCUGAAGUCGGCGCGGCUCGACCCGACAAAGCGAGGCUCGUUCAUUCCCCGACGGGGAGCGCGACAGGAAGUCCCGCCGCUCAAAAACAACAAGCGGGAGUCGAGGCGCAAGCGACCGUGACGUCACGCCCCGUUGCUCUCUUUCCGACCAAUCAGCACAUUGUUGACUCUUUCUCGCAAAGGCAACUUUCAGCACUCAAAAUAUGAAGUUUCGAUCGAGACAACACAACGUUAUUUGAUAUUUUUUCUCACUCUUUGAUAGAAUUAAAGAUGUUUUUGCACACA